AUGGCGCGUCAGUCGAAGAUUGAUCCGCCCUCAGAGAGUGGCGAUAGCUCCUCGAGCGGCUCGAGCGUUUCGGAGCAGACUGUGAAAAAGUCGAAGGUGCCGGAAUCGCGGUCGGAGACGAAGACAAAGAGCAAAAAGCAGCAAAGUGACUCCAGUUCCGAUAGUGAAGGCAGUGAUGGAUCUAGUGGAAGUGAGUCGGAAAGUGAGGAUGCUUCGUCGCAAAGUGGAACGUCGCAAAGUGGAACGGCGAGCGAGUCCUCCUCAGAAGAUGAAUCUGAUAGCCCGCGCGAAGCUUUCAGACCACCGCCUGGAUUCAAGCCCGUCAAGUCUCAGCGCACUCCUUCCUCUGGUGUGAAGUCCAUUCUUUCGGACCUCCGAGGCAAACAGAUCUUCCAUAUCACAGCUCCCGCCUCUCUACCUCUUUCAUCGAUCAAGGAAGUGUCGCUCGCAAAGGUCUUGAGUGGAGAGCCCGUGCUGGAACACAGGGGUGUGCAGUACGGGAUUCCAGCAGACAGCAUCAAUCAGCAAGAUGCUGAUCAGAAGAUUCUGCUGGCCUACGACGAGAAGAGCCAGACCUACCACAGUACCUCCAUCGGAAACAUCCAGAGCUAUCACUUGCAGGAACUGGUUAGCCUGCCUAAGGGGACAGCUUACAACAAGGAGAAGCCAGAUGCCAGCAAGCCUCCGCGACCACAACCUAAGGACUUGAAAAUGCGUUUCCGACCAGUCGGGAGCACGUACGGUCCCCCUGAGACGAUAGGUACUAGCGAUGAGGAGUCCGAAGGAGAACAGACUUCGUUCAAGUUCCCCAAAGGAUCCAAGGCCGAGCGGGAAGAGCGAAAGCGCAAGCACCAACAGACUGAAGGAGACGAGAAGACUGUGGAAGUGGCUCCUCGAAAGAAGUCGAAGAAGCAUUCCUCUGAGGAGAAUGGCAAGGCGGAGCCCUCGCAGGAUGCUGCUGAGGGGCAGGGUCGUGAUAAACCCAAGAAGUCGAAGCACAGUGAGGAGAAGAAGCGCAGGAAAGCGGAAAAGGCUGCAUAG